UAUUUUUACUUUUACCUUUUUUCCUAGACAGUAAUUGCGUGAAAUAAAACCAUGGAGUUUAUUUUUCUAGUUUUUACGCUGAUCUUACCAUGUUUCGCGUUGGAUCCUCUUGAUUUUCAAAUUGGCAACUUUACUUUGGAAGACAAUGACUACAGACUGACAGAAAUAGAAAACGACACCGACUAUAUUUGGGAUGUCGGCGAGGCAGCAGGAAGGAUCAUCGGUGGUACAAUUGCAACUCCAAACCAAUUUCCAUAUCAAGCUGGAAUUCUGCUAAGACUCCCCAAGAAACGGGCUUGGUGCGGUGGUUCAAUAAUUUCAGUGGAGUAUAUUUUGACGGCAGCACACUGCAUUGAUGACGCACUAUCUGCCACUGUCAUUCUUGGUGCUCAUAACCGAGAAAACGACAAUGAAGAAGGUCGCAUCAGCAUUGAAACGACACCAGAGGAUUUCAUUCUGCAUGAAUACUGGAGUCCAAAAAGAUUGGAAGCUGAUAUUGCCUUGAUACAUUUGAAGGAACGUAUCACCUUCAGUGAUCAAAUCCAGCCGAUUCUUCUUCCGUUCAGCGAAUAUGAAACUCAGUACUUUAAUAAUUCAUUAGCAACUGUUUCUGGGUGGGGCAAACACAAGUCCAACUGUGGAAAACUUCCACUUCAUCUGAGAUUCUACCAAUCCCGUAUCAUGCAUAAUUCAAAAUGUCGAAGAUACUAUCCACAAUAUGUUGGAUUAAAUCAUAUUUGUCUGGAGCCUAAAGAGAAGAGAAGAAGCUGCGAUGGCGAUUCUGGAGGCCCAUUGGUCGUUAAUAUUGAACAAGGACACCCAAUGCUUGUCGGAGUCACGUCCUUUGGAAAAUGUUGUGGAGGCAGCUAUCCAACAGUUUUCACACGAGUUACACAAUAUUUGAAUUGGAUUACACAAUAUACGUAUAGAGGGAGGGAUGGAAGCAUUCCCCUAUGAAUCUUAAGUUCGGUACUUAUUCUCGUAGUUUUUUUUUAAAUUUAAAGUGCAAACAAUAGAAAUUUGACUAAUAAACCUUAGGGACAUUUUUCGAAAAAUU